AUGGAGCGCAAAUCCAGAACAGUGGAGCUGGAGGAAGCCAAGCAGGCGCCAGUGCCGCUGGAGCGAUUCGGUGAUGUCGCGCACCAGGAAAAGCUGACGCGACGGCUUCUGAUGAAGCUCGACUUCAGAAUCCUUCCGAUACUGGCUCUCCUUUUUCUGUGCUCUUUUCUCGAUCGCACGAAUGUGGGAAACGCCAAGAUUAUCGGGCUGGAGGACGAUAUCCAUAUCUCGGACCACGAAUAUGAUAUUGGUUUGACGGUGUACUACCUGUUCUAUAUUUGCAGUGAGGUGCCGAGCAAUCUCGUGCUCAAGAAGGCUUCGCCUAAGAUCUGGCUUCCAUUCCUGACAGUCGCGUGGGGUAUCAUUACGAUGUGCCUGGGGUUUGUGCGGAAUUAUGGCGGGUUCGUGGCGGUGCGGGCUAUGUUGGGUAUUGCGGAGGGUGGCCUGCUUCCCGGCAUAGUGUUAUAUUUGUCUGCCUUCUAUAAACGGAGCGAUCUCGCACUACGCAUUGGUCUGUUUUAUAUAGCAGCCUCGCUGUCCGGUGCCUUUGGGGGGCUUCUUGCGCGCGGGCUGGCUGCGAUUGCCCCUAGAGGCUUGGCGGAGGGUUGGAGAUGGAUCUUCAUCAUAGAAGGACUCUUGACUGUUGUGUGUGGCGUGUUGAGCUACAUCCUCCUUCCCAAUUCCUUGGAGACAUCCUCUUUCUUGACGGCUGAAGAGCGUGAGUUUGGUCGGGAGAGGUUAUCGAUGGAUAGUCCUCGAACUCCGGAUGGGGUCCUGGUCGCCGAGCAAGAAGCUUUCAAGUGGUCCGAAGUGCGGCGUGGCUGCUUAGAGCCGCAAGUGUGGCUCUCUGCGUCGGCGUAUUUUGCUGUUUUGUCCGGACUUUACUCAUUUGGCCUGUUUCUACCGACCAUAAUCGAAAAUCUCGGGUUUGCUGGGAACGCCAAUGACGUCCAAUUGUGGUCUGUGAUUCCGUACGCCGUGGCAUCUGUCCUCACAGUUGUCGUCGCAAUUGUCUCGGAUCGACUUCGCCUCCGAGGAAUCGUCAUGCUUUUCACGCUCCCAAUCGCCAUUAUCGGUUAUGCCGUUAUUGCCAAUAUUGACUCACCUCUCGUUCAGUAUGGAAUGACUUUUCUCAUGGCCACGGGGAUGUACGCCAGCGUGCCCUGCAUUCUGGUCUGGAUGGCAAACAACUCCGCGGGCCACUACAAGCGGGCUACCACAUCGGCGCUGCAGCUGGCGAUUGCGAACUGCGGCGGGUUUGUUGCGACAUUCAACUAUCCAACUAAAGACGCCCCACUAUUCCACAGGGGCCAUACGAUUAUUCUGGGACUGUUGGUAUUUGCUUGGUUCAUGAUUUUAUUCAACGUGCUCUACUGUAUGAAGGUCAACCGUGACAAGAAGAACGGGAAGUAUGAUCAAUAUGCAGGGUAUAACGAUGAUCGCAACCCAGAGUUCAUCAUGGUCCUAUAA